AUGUUUAUUGCUGAUCAACCAAAACCACAUGUGCCUUUUUUACUUGCAUUUAUGGAAACACAAUCAUUUGUUUCAUUUGUUGAUAGUAAAAUUGCAUCAAAACUCAAUGAAGAUAAUCAUCUUUUUGGUUUAACUAAUAAACAUUUACAAUAUUUUUCUGAUCAUAUUCGUUUAUAUCGUGAUUGUCGUGAUUUAACUUAUCAAUAUUGUUCAUUAAUUGUAAUGAAUGCACCAUUAGUUCGUCCAUUUGAUAAUUCAUUUUCUACAUCGAAUAAUUCUUAUUUAUUUGAAAAUCUUAAGGGAAGUGUACUUGAAUCAACAACAUCCAUAGAUAUAUCUUCAUCUUUUAUCUAG